AUGAGUGAACAAAUUAGUGUGGUUCUUUUUGGACUCACCGGGCAAGGAAAAUCCUCAAUUGCUAACAUGCUGAUACAAGGUGACAUUCGUCAUAAAGAAAAUAAAUUCGUGGUUAAUGACGACGCUAUCGGUGCAAGUGCUCAAAUAAAAUGUAAUGCUAAUGAUGCAUUUAUAGUGCACGAUACGAUUGGAGUAGGUGAAACAAAUUGCGGAAGUGUUCCGCAUAAGGAGGCUGUCAAAAGGAUAAGAAAUUAUUUUUCAGAAUGUAAGAUGCCACUCAACUAUAUAGCUUUCGUUAAAAAAAAAGGUAGAUUUACGGAAGAAGAUCGUAAAAUGUUCAAAAUAUUUAAAGAGAUCUUUGAGGGGGGAGAGAAAAAUUUCAUCAUCAUCAUUACUAAUAGUGGUCCGGAGUGGGUCAAGAAAUACUCAAAAACAAUAAAGGAGAAUCUUGGAGAUCAUCCGAUUAUUCCGGUCGAUUUUCCGUGGAGUGAAGAUGAAAAAUUUUACGAAAGUGUAAUUAAGCGAAAGAAAAGAAUACAAAGUCUGUUACAUUUAAUUGAUGAGCUUUUUAAUUUAGAAUAUGAAGGUAUUAAACUAGAGGUUCUUGACUCGGUCCAGGCGAUUCCAGUGGUGGUCCGUUUUGACAACUAUUAUUGGCUAUAUUUGGGGCAAGGAAAAUCAUCUAUUGCCAACAUGUUGAUUCAAGGUGAUAUUUAUCAAAAAGGCAAUAAGUUCGAAAUUAAUGAUGGUGCUGUUGGUGCGACUGUCACUAUUAAUUUUAGUUAUAAUGAUGAUUUUAAGGUGUUCGAUACGAUUGGAGUGGGUGAGACAGUUUUUGGAAGAAUUCCGCAUAAGGAUGCUAUCAAAGAUAUUAGAAAUUAUUUUACUAUAUGUAAGGAACCACUCAACUACAUAGCUUACGUUAAAAUGAAAGGCAGAUUUACCGAAGAAGAUCGUAACAUGUUCAAUUUAUUUAAAGAGAUCUUUGAGGGAAGUGAGAGUAACUUCAUUAUAAUUAUCACUAAUAGUGAUCAGAGAUGGAUUGUAAAGAACUUGGAAACAUUAAAGAAGAAUUUUGGUGAAGAUUAUCCGAUUAUUCCGGAAACGGUACUUCAGGUCCUUAGCUCGUUCCAGUCGGUCGAGAACAAAGUAUCCAAAGUCAUUGAAUUAAUACCAAUAGCUGGUUCAGCAUAUCAUCUGAUUUCUUCUGGUGUGUACUAUAAGCUGGGAAAGACGAAUGUAGCAACAGAAAGACUUGUAAAUGGAACUAUUGGAGCUGCAAUGGAUAUUGCUAGUGUUGGUGCUCUUCGAGCUGGUGUAGUUGCGGGAAAGGUAGCGGGUAAAGCUGCGGGUAAAGCUGCAGGUAAAAUUGUAUUUAAAGCAAUGGCUAAAAGUGCAGCUAAAGGUGCGGCGACAAGUGCUGCAGCAUUUGCUGCAAAAAGUGCGGCUAAUGAAAGCAUACGAUAUGCAAGGAAAACAAAAAAUUCUAAUUAA